GCCGCGCACGGUCGAACCUCUUCUCUACUGCGCACCAGGAACAAUUCUUUCUUGUUCACCGUCUUCACUGGAAAAUACAGAAUCUGUUAAUGCGAUUUAGAGAUCACUUCAAGUUAAAGCGGCCGCUUCAAGUUGAUUUAAACCCAAGCUUUGUUUGGCUCUGGGAUAAUCGUGUGGGAUCUGCGGCGGAUACACUGAUACUCCUGCCUGCGGACAGAGGAGCUCAAACAAUCUGUGGAUGGUUUUCAGUGCUGACCAGCUAUAUCACAAUAUCCACUGGACGUAACCAUAAGCUCCUGGAUUCUCCUUUGUCCCUGUUAACAAAUAGAGGAACAAUGUGGGACAAACUGUGCUGGUUGCUGGCCCUACUAGCUUUAUCAUCUGGGGGAGUGCCCCCUUCCAGCGAGCCACUGUCAGCUCCCCGAAUUUUCCUGUCCUUCAAAGAGCUGAAGUCUACCGGCACUGCUCACCACUUCUCCUUUUUGCUGAAUUCAACUGACUAUCGGAUUCUUCGCAUGGAUGAGGACCAUGACCGCAUGUAUGUGGGCAGCAAAGAUUAUAUACUGUCUCUGGAUCUACAUGACAUCAACAAGGAGCCUCUCAUAAUCCACUGGCCUGUUGCCCCCCAGAGGAAGACUGAAUGUGUUUUGUCGGGGAAAGACAUCAAUGGUGAAUGCGGUAACUUCAUCCGUCUGAUUGAGCCCUGGAACCGGACCCACCUGUAUGUGUGCGGGACAGGCGCCUACAACCCCAUCUGCACCUAUGUCGACCGAGGACGCAGGUCACAGGGGUUCCACUACCAACAUGCGUCCCAAUCUGGAGGGAGAACAAGUCGAGCAGCAGACUACAGCACUACAUCACAGCCUUUGGAGGCGAAGGAAUACAUUUUCCGUCUUGAACCUGGUAAAGUGGAUUCUGGGAAAGGAAAAUGUCCUUAUGACCCCAAGCUGAACAGCGUCUCCGCUUUGAUCAAUGGAGAGCUGUAUGCAGGAGUUUACAUUGAUUUCAUGGGAACAGACUCGGCUAUCUUCCGUACGCUGGGGAAGCAGACAGCUAUGAGGACAGAUCAGUACAACUCCAGAUGGUUGAAUGAUCCCACAUUUGUUCAUGCGCACCUCAUCCCAGACAGUGCUGAAAAGAAUGACGAUAAACUCUACUUCUUCUUCCGCGAGAAAGCCUCUGAGAUGGGCCAGAGUCCCAUGACGCAGUCGAGGAUAGGGCGGAUCUGCCUGAACGAUGAUGGUGGACACUGCUGUCUGGUCAACAAGUGGAGCACAUUUCUAAAGGCUCGUCUCAUCUGCUCGGUGCCCGGAGCUGAUGGCAUUGAGACACACUUCGAUGAAUUAAGAGACGUGUAUAUCCAGCCAACUCAAGACACAAAGAAUCCUGUCAUCUAUGGAGUCUUCUCAGUUUCUGGAUCUGUGUUUAAAGGUUCGGCAGUGUGCGUGUACUCCAUGGCUGACAUCCGUAUGGUCUUCAAUGGCCCAUUCGCCCACAAGGAAGGUCCCAACUACCAGUGGGUGGCAUACACUGGGAAAAUUCCCUACCCUCGACCUGGCACUUGUCCUGGAGGCACUUUCACCCCCAACCUGAAAUCCACAAAGGAUUACCCAGAUGAGGUUAUCAACUUCAUGAGAAACCACCCCACCAUGUACAAUGCGGUAUACCCAGUGCACAAGCGCCCCCUGGUGGUCAGAACUAACGUGGACUAUGAGUUUACCACAAUUGCCGUUGACCAAGUGACAGCUGCUGAUGGGAGCUAUGAGGUGCUAUUCCUGGGGACAGAUCGAGGGACAGUCCAGAAAGUGAUUGUCCUGCCAAGAGAUGACUUGCAGACUGAGGAGCUGGUGUUAGAGGAAGUGGAGGUGUUCAAGGUUCCCACUCCAAUCACCACUAUGAAGAUUUCAUCUAAAAGGCAACAAUUGUAUGUAGGAUCAGUCCUGGGUGUGACCCACUUGGCUCUGCAUCGCUGUGAUGUGUACGGGGAAGUCUGUGCCGACUGCUGUCUCGCCAGGGACCCAUACUGCGCCUGGGACGGCAAAUCCUGCUCCAGAUAUUCUGCCUCACAGAAAAGGCGGAGUCGUCGGCAAGAUGUGAAGUAUGGAAACCCCAUCCGCCAGUGCAGAGGUUACAGCACCAAUAAGAACACUCUGGAGACGGUUCAGUACGGGGUGGAAGGAAGCACUACAUUCUUGGAGUGCCAGGCCAGGUCUCCUCAUAUGUCUCUCAAAUGGCAUGUGCAGAAGGAAAACAGCGACAGGAGGAAAGAGAUUCGCUCAGAAGGCCGGAUGCUGAAAACAGAUCAAGGGCUUCUAAUCCGCUCUCUGCAGUCCUCUGACGGUGGCAUCUACCAGUGUACAUCCACAGAGAAAAACUUCAAGCACACUCUUGUUAAACUGCAACUGGUGGUCCUUUCUAGUCGUACAGUCAACAACGUUUUGGUGGAGACGGGCAGUCCUGCCCUCCCGCCGCUUCAGUCCAGUGCCUGGACUCCAAGUGCCAGUCAGUAUAAGGACCUGCUAACAAUCCUCAGCCAGCCAGAGAUGGGGCUGAUAAACCAGUACUGCCAGGAUUACUGGCAGCUUGGAGACGGCAGCUUCGGGAACAACAAAGGCAAAAGCCUGAAAGAGCUGAAAGAACAGAAGAAACCUCGUAACCGCCGGCAUCACGAUGAGCAGACAACUCCAGCUGAGACAUGAGAAGCUCGAUGUACAUCGUAUUCAAACAACCCCCUGUCUACCUUUUCACACAACCUCCUAAACAUUGCAACCCUCCAUUUAGGGGAAUGACUCCAGUCAAAUAGAAAAAUCAAAUUAUCAUCAAAGACAAGACAGAAACGGCAACAGAAUGCAACAGCAUCAGUUUCUGUGUAACUGUUGGGGGGGAAAAAAAAUACACAAUAUUUAUUGUAGGCUGUAAAAAGUAAUUAUUUGUACCUAUCUAGCAACCCUGUUUUUUGUGAAUAGAUCAAUCUGUGCAAAUAUUGUGGUUAUUAUAAUAUUAUUAUUAGUGUUAUUGUUUAUUACAAUGUGUUAUUAUGUUGAGAAUAUCUUUAUGUUUGGUGUUUUUAAGAAACAGCGACACUAAACCCAGACAUUGGGAGUAUCCAUACAUGGACAAGAACCGAUGGACAAGUAUUCAGAAACUGCCAGUGGGAGACCAUGUUGGAUCCUUUGACUGCUGGCAGUAUUCAGUGUCUAAGCUGAAAGAGGAGUCGGGAUGUCUGUGAACUUGUUGAAACUCUAUGAACCAGAUCUAUGUACUGUAUAUUGGACAGUUUUCUUCUUUUGCUGCAAAACACAAGCUGUUGACAGAAAAACAAUGAAAAUGGCAUUUCACAGGACAUACACGGACAGUGGAAAUGCCCACAGACUGCAGCUGUGACGUCACAGUCGUACAGUUAUAUGUGAAUGAAGAGCCCUCCGUGGCAGGUAAAAUGUCUUUCCUUUCACAAUGUGGUCCAGCCGGGCCUCGAGUAGAGCUGUUACUCAUAUUCUUCCAAAAUCAGUUGCUGCCAAGUGUUUGUUUUGUUUAUAUGUGAAUAUCACAUCUCAGUGUCGUAUCCUUAACAAACGUGAUCUUUGUGAUAAGCUGUUUUUUUUUUUUUGUUUUGUUUUUGUUUUGUUCCUUCUUUUUUCGGGGGGGGGGGGUCUUUUAAUGACACAAAAGCUGAUAACAUAACAUUGCCUUCUCUUUUCUCUCUUUGGGAAAAGAUAUUCCAGCAGGCAGCUAUGUGUGAGUUUGUGACAGUUUGUGAUUUAAAAAAAAAAUACUAGACAAAGCACCUUCUCUUGCCGAAUUGGUCAUUUUAAAAAUAUUAAAUACUUCCCUUGUAUCUGUGGCAUAUUACAUAGUGUAUUCAUAUAAGGCAAAGCAUUCAGUUUGUAGGCUCAAAGUUUUUUUGUAGCUCUCUUAAUAAAUCCAAAGUUUGCAUUCCUGCCAUUUAUAUGCUAAAUAUAAGUUCUCACUGAGUGAAUAUGUAAACAUGUAAUCAGUCUACAAAAACUGGGCUGAUGUGCAGAGCUUUGGAGAGUUUCUUUUUUUCUUUUUUUUUGAUUGGGGCUGUACUCACUGUAUCUUACCAACCAAGAUGUUUGCUGGUACAGCGCCAUCCAGCUGCUCUAUCACACGUGCCACAGACUUCAUAUAGAACUGAGCAACUUCUACACAGUGUCACAAAUACAAACACUAACAAAGCUGAUCACCACCAAACCUGAAGAAAAACCUUUACCAAAAUCUUCAGAAGGUGGCUUUUCAUUGUGCAUGACAUGUACAGUGUACGUAUAUGGUAUUUGUCUAAAAUUCUACAUUGCUGUGGAUGUCAGUGAAUGUCUUUCUUGUUGUGGGAAUAUGGAAAUACUACCGAUGUGCUCACACCUUUUUUUUAAUGGUGGGAAAGGCUGGAAGGCAAGAUUGUGAUUUUUUUUAUUCUCUCUCUCUCUCUCUCUCUCUGUCCCUCUCUCACUCUCUUGUUUGCUCUCAAAAAAUUAGAAAAACAAAUGAUUUGCAGACUUUAAGGUAAAGCUAUGUAUGCACAGUUGGUGUUAUUGUAAUGACUUGUAAAAAAAUUACUACCUUUUCUUCCUUAUCAUUGUUGCUGACUAAUAAA